GCAACAGUUAGUCAGCCACCUCCGUAGCUUGCUAGACAAAAUAGCCGAACCAAUAAAGCUCUUUCGACGCGGUCGUGUUUAUUAGGCAUUGUGUUUUGAACCCACUUCUGUCGUCUAGUUAGUUAUCCGAUUUAAUUUCAUAUUUACGGUGUUGAUAUUAGUCAGCUAGCGGGCUGGUUGAGUUAGCAUGUUAGCAUUAGCCAACAUCCCAGACCAUGAGGUCACUAAGCUACUCCCCUGCAAAAGUACAUGAUAUAUUCUGGACGGAGAAAGAAGCUCUGGUGAAAGAGAAGGAAGAGGAGGCUGUUAGAGUAAAACAAGAUGAGGGAGUGAAAGAGGAGGAGGAUAUCACAGUAAAACAAGAAGUAGAGGAUGAGGCUGUUACAAUGAAAGAAGAGAAAUAUGUUACAGUAAAGGAUGAGGAAGACAGGUUCAGAGUGAAAGAGGAGGAUGUUACAGUAAAAGAAGAGGAGGAAGAGAAAGGGGAUGAAGCAGUAUUUGGAGUGAAAGAGGAAGGGGAGAUUACUGUCACAUCGAAAAGGGAGAACGAGGAGGAAACUCGAUGUCUGAGGGCGGUAUCCCAAACGCAUCUUAAGGCAUCCAACGAUGAAAUUAGCCGUAAGCUGUUUUUGAGAAACCUUGUCCUGAUUAAUACUAGAGAGAUGCGGGACUAUCGUGGAUCCUCUGGGGAGCCUCAACAACCUCAUGAUGCUGACAAGGUAGAGAAGAGUCUCUCCAUAUCUAAACACCUCAAGAAACGCCCGCAGAGACCCACCGGGAAGAGAACUCACUGCUGCUCUGACUGUGGGAAGAGAUUCACCUCCUCAUCAGGCAUUACAAUUCAUCAGAGAAUCCACACAGGAGAGAAACCUUUUAGCUGUGGUUAAUGUGGGAAGAGAUUUGCUACAUCUAGCCAUCUAACUGUACACCAGAGAACACACACAGGAGAGAAACCUUAUAGCUGUGGUCAAUGUGGGAAGAGUUUUGGCCAAUCUGGAGCUCUGACAGUGCACCAGAUAACACACACAGGAGAGAAACCUUAUAGCUCUGGUCAAUGUGGGAAGAGUUUUGCUACAUCUAGCACUCUGACACAACACCAGAGAACACACACAGGAGAUAAAUCUUAUAGCUGUGAUCUAUAUGGGAAGAGUUUUUCUAGAUCGAGCUCUCUGACUAUACACAAGAGAACACACAGGAGAGAAACGUCAUAACUGUGAUCAAUGUGGGAAGAGAUACUCAGAUAAAAGAUCUCUGAUUAAACAUCAGAAAAUACAUGAAGGAGUUGUUUCAUGAUAUCAAUGAAAAAAUGUCACAAUGUAGAAUGUUUUUAGCAUUGUAGUAUGAGUAUUUUACCAUGUAGAAUCGUGAACAUUUGCCCCAUUCAAUUGAUUUCAGCGUGAUAUGGAUAUUAGCUUUGGGGAAAAUCCAGGCUCUGAAAUGAAAGAGUUACUAUUUAUGUAAUUUAACAAAAAGUGACUAACACAAAAAGAGCUGUGUUACACUUACCACGUUGCUGACCCACUUGAAUCAAAAUGCAACACUUCAAAAUGUAGCUAACUCUUUUCUACAAGUUGUCCUCUAACCAGUGAUGUACUCAUUAUUCCCAGAUUCCGUGUAGUUUUUGAGCUGUUAGUUGCACAUGUUAUGUUUAGGUUUUCAAUUUAUCUCAAACUGUUUCUGCACAUUGGUUAUUGAUCUGGACAUGUUAUUCCUAGGCUAUUCCACCUAGCAAAAUGUCAUUGAAAAGAUGUUGAAAAUUUGACUAUGCAAUCAAGUAGUUCAUAUUUCCAUUUCAUGUAACAUUUGGUAGUGAUAUUUAUUCAUGCAACCAACUGACAAUUUUUUGGUACAAUUAUAUUGACAUUGUUGCCCUGUUUUUAGAAUAUCAAGUUUAAUUCUGAGAUAUACCAAACCAAAUGUACUAGAGCAUGACAUUGGGGACUGGGCCCAAUCAAAUAACAUCCCUAUCUAGUGAACCCUGAAAAGAGAGAGAAGCUCCACGGUGAGGUUGAAAGUUAUUAUGGAUAUUGCAGGAGUUUCCUCUUUAAAUCAGACAUAUCUGUGGUAAGGACAACUUGGUUGCUGUUUGUCUCAAGGGUGGUUAGUCAAAAAGUUUUGUGUUUUGCGUUUAGCCGGUGCGUUACCAUGGAUCACAAUUUAUUUUGACUGCAUGCUUUUCCGUAUUGGAGAUGAAUUUUGUUUGGGCUUGUUCCAAGGAGACGAGAGUUCUAGAAGCAAGCGAGUUUUAGGAUUCUAUAGAAAGAAAAAGGAGAUAAAAAUUAUACGAUUGUAUAUUAUUAUUUAGAAAUAUGUGCUUUUAAUUGUUGACGGCCAGUAGACACCAUGAUUAUAUUGUAGAAGGUGAAACAUUGUAGAUGAUUAUGUGAAAUGGAAGUUGUAGAGAUACUCUAAAUGAUCGACUAUGAAAAGCCAACUGACAUUUACUCUUGAGGUGCUGACCUGUUACACCACUGUGAUUAUUAUUUGACCCUGUUGGUCAUCUAUGAACAUUUGAACAUCUUGGCCAUGUUCUGU